GUAGAUACAGCAACUAGUUUGUCUUUGCCGAAGAGCGAAUAGCAGAGAGAGGGACUCAGAGACGCACCCCAAAUCCCUAAAUUGGACGCGUUGAUCAUUGAAAUCGGAGAAGGAGAAGGAGAAGGAGAAGAGAAGAGAAGAGAAGGGAAGGAACAAAAUGGGAAAGAAGAAGAAGAGAGCGUCGUCGAAGGUGUGGUGUUACUACUGCGACAGGGAGUUUGAGGACGAGAAGAUUCUGGUGCAGCACCAGAAGGCCAAGCACUUCAAGUGCCAUGUCUGUCACAAGAAGCUCUCCACCGCCGGGGGCAUGGCCAUACACGUCCUCCAGGUUCACAAGGAGUCCGUCACCAAAGUUCCCAAUGCAAAACCUGGUAGAGAGUCCACAGAUAUUGAAAUAUAUGGAAUGCAAGGAAUCCCACCUGAUGUCUUGGCUGCUCACUAUGGAGAGGAAGAAGAAGAGGCUGCAUCAAAAGCAGCUAAAUUGGAUAUCCCAUCCACCCCACUCGUUGGCGGUGUUGUGCCAGGAUCAUUGGGCAUUGGAUAUCCUCCUCAAUCUACUUUGGGAUUAAUUCAGCCAAUUUACAGUUCUGCAAUGCCAGUGCCUCCUGCUGCUUGGCCAAUUCCACCUCGUCCCCAGCCCUGGUACCCACAGCAUCCAGCAGUUUCAGUUCCUCCUCCCCCAUUGGGUUACGCACAACAACCAUUGUUUCCUGUGCAGAAUGCGAGGCCUCCUUUGCAGUCACCCGCAUCAUCUGCACUACAGCCUUCACAGAUAACUCCUCCAGGACUGCCCGUGUCCACCCCUUCUGCCCCUGUAUCACAACCAUUGUUCCCUGUUAUUGUGAACAAUAAUAUACCUACUCAAAGUUCACCUUUUUCUGCUCCUAUGCUUUCAACAAGUAUUAUGUCAAGCUCUCCAGCAGAACAUAAAGGCUCAAUUGAUCCACAUUCAGGUGCUAAUGCUUUGGUGACAAGUAACUACCAAGCACCUAACAUUCCAGGUGGGCCGUUGAGCAAUUCACAUUCUUAUGCAUCUGGUCCAAAUACUGGUGGUCCUUCAAUUGGACCACCCCCAGUAAUUGCAAACAAAGCUCCUGCUACCCAGCCAGCCACUAAUGAAGUCUAUCUAGUUUGGGAUGAUGAGGCAAUGUCCAUGGAGGAAAGAAGAAUGUCCCUAACGAAGUAUCAGGUGCAUGAUGAAACUAGCCAGAUGAGCUCAAUUGAUGCAGCCAUAGACAGAAGAAUAUCGGAAAGCAGGCUUGCUGGUCGAAUGGCCUUUUAGAUGAAAUGGAGGCCAUGGUGAAUUCUUGGAACAUUUCUGUCAAUGCAUUGAAGUACAAGACGCUGCCCUGGUCUUCAUUCUCACCCGCUCAACAUUUAUUUGUGCUGUAUUCUUUGCAAGAGAGGUUGGAGCAGUAAAUUUUGUUAAUUAUGAAAUGGGAGGGGUCUCCAGAGAAGUUGCAAUAACAAUUUUUUCUUCUAUUUUUUCUCUUUAAUUUUGGGUUAAACGUUUUAGGAUCUAGUCUUGAACCCCUCUUGACAUCGCAUCUAAUUAAGCCCUCUGGAUACAUAUGUAUCAUUGGAUCUUUGUAAACAAUUACUAUCCCCCUUGUCUUUUAAUAUUAAUGAAGAGAUAGCCUUCUCUCUC